AAAAUAUAAUUUUUCUAUUUUUGGUUCGAACCCGAACAAUGGCGAACCCUCGAAAGAACACCCUCGCACUCCAAUCUAACUCCGAUCUUCCGCCACCUCCUCCGCCCCUCUCUUCUCCCUCCUCCUCUUCGGCAGCGGCAGCCCUAUCCUCUAUUGUCUUCUUCUUCAAGCGGCCCUCCGCCCUUCCCCUUCUGCUCUCUCUCUUCGUCCUCCUCACCUGGCUCUUCCUUCAGCUGGAGCACCCGACAUCGGCUGGCCUCCGCUCCUCUUUCCCCUCGGGGUCGUCUUAUGGUUCUCAAUCCUCUGCCCGGACCCUCAAUGCGCUUGAUUCAGAUGCUAAUGUCGUCAGAUUUGAUGCCGUGGAGUUCCCCUCGAAGAUCGCUAGAGAUUGGAGGGGUUGGUUGAUGGAUCCUGUCAAGGCUGCUCGAGAGGCUGGACUUCCAGGCAUAUUUACAGGAAGGGCACUAAAAUGUGAGUCAGUUCAUGUGGGUCAGAUCCAACCUGGAGGUAUUAGAGGCAAUCACCGGCAUAAUAUGUGCAAUGAGACCUUUAUCCUUUGGGGUGCAGAGACAAAGUUCAGGUUGGAAAAUCCUAAAAUGAAAGACAAAGGGUAUACAGAAGUUACUUUUGGACCUGAUGAAGUUGUGCUAGCUGUGAGUCCACAGGGAACUGCACAUGCUAUAAUCAACAUUGAUCCUUCACGGGCCACUUUUAUUCUUGGCUGUCAAGAUAAUAUAAUAAAAAACAGCUCCGGUACUGAUUAUAAUGUGUGGAAAGAUUUGUGAUGCAAACUUUGUGCAAUAUAAACAGUUCUUUUACACCUCAUCUCUGAGUCAACUCUGUAGAUGGCAAUUCAGUCUUGUAAUCCCUAGUCAUUGUGAUGCUAUAAGAUGUUAUUAUGAGUCUUUAUCAUACAGUGUUUGAUGUUCUUUCCAUUCUAUCAUUUUGUACAAAGGGAUCCAUCCUGUAAGCUUGUUGGUGUCUUACUGAGUGCCUCGAUUUUUCUUCCGACUGUGAUA